AUGUCGGCCACAGGGAAGGUGGACCACCUGACGGGAGAGAGAAACAUCAAACCAGACUGUGUGCUUGACUAUAACCGUAAAAUGGGGGCAGUGAAUAAGGCGGCCAUGAUAAACCGCUUUGUGGCAGGUGCCUGGAAGACCACCAAGUGGUAUAAGAAGAUAUUUUUCCAUCUGAUCGACACUGCUGUCCUCAAUGGCCACAUAGUUCACCGCCAGCUAUCAGGUGAGGUGAUUACCUACCAAAAGUACAGAGAGAACCUCAUGAGAGAGCUGCUGGAGGAGCACCACACCCCUCGGCGUCCACCCACUGGGGGCCGUCCUGCUGCAGACAAUCCCUUACGCCUCAAUGCCCGGCAUUUUCCCUCAAAAAAGUACCUCAAACUGCUGCACAAG